GCCAGGAAUGGCCACUGAUGCAGUAUACAGACAAAUUAAGGAAUGACCCUGACUCUGAGACAGUCGACAGGACCCAAUGGCCAUGAUGACCGCCUCCUCACUCUUCACCGACUUCCUCUCCUCUGUUCUUCCGUCCAAGUCAACGCCACCUUCUCCUUCUCCUUCUUCUUGCACGGUGACAUGGCUUCGCCUCCCGUCCCAACCCACCGAUGCCCACCACCCGAAGUGGGCACCCCUCGUAGCCGACGUGGGUCCGUCGCCGUCGCCGUCGCCGUCGCCUUCCUCGGCGACGAUGUCGACCGCGUGUCCUUCGCUGGCGUACGCGAACACCCUUUUCUUCAAAUCGACCUAUAACGUGCAGAUCACGGUGGAUGACAACGAGUCGGAGGAGAGGUUGGUGAACCGGUUCAGGAGAGAGGUCGCGAAGGCCGGCAUCAUCCGAGAAUGCCGGCGCCGGAGGUUCUUCGAGACCAAUCAGGAGUACAGGAAGCGAAAGGCUCGAGAUGCUGCCAAACGAAAUCGCCGGAGGCGCCCGCAAGCUAAAUUGGCAAAGAAGGCUAAACACGAGAUGCCUAAGAAGAAAAGGGCUGAUGAUGAUGAAGAUGAUAACUGGGAUCUUCCUCAAGGAGACCUUCCAUACUGACUGAUGUUUACGUGCUGAAUGUUAAGAAGAUACUAGAUGAACAGCAUAGUUCUGGUGUGAGCAGUUGUGAAGAGGAGAGUGCCGAUUCUAGCAUUGAACGGCCUAUAAUGCUUUGGUGAGAGAGAAAUUUCAUCACAUUAUUCAGUUCCAAAGUAAUGGAGUGGAGAGGGACUUUUCGCUUCCAGCAACGAGAAAAAUAAAUGCAAUAGCCAAAUGAUGAUGAGCAAUAUCGGUCAACCAUAAACUUAGAAGAAGUGCACAUAUAUUCUAUUGGUCUGUCUGAGAUGGAUUACCGUGGAUGGCAUUGAUAUGCUACAUACUCUCCAAAGACCGUCUUUGUUUCUGACUGAGUGAAUUUCACUGAUUCUAUUUUGUUUACAAUCA